CUAUAUACAUGACAAUACUUAAGACAAAUGUGAUGACACAGACAAACAGGCUACAAGAUACAGUGUGACAACACACAGCUGCACAGAUACAACAGGAUGUAGUAAUACAGAAACAACAUGCAGACAGAUGCACAGAUACAAUGUGAGAACACACAGACAGAUACAGUACACACAUAUAUGACAACGCACAGAUGGACAGAGGCAUACAUACUAUAUGAGAACACACAGACUGAUGUGUAGACAACAUGCAGAUGGAGAGAUGCAUGGAUACAAUGUGACAACACAAAAAGGGGCAGGUGCUUAGAUGCAGUGUGACAACUCAGUUACAGUCAUGGAUACAAUGUGACAACACAGACAGACAAGAAUCUAAAAAACAAUAUGGCAACACACAGGCGGACAGAUUCAUAAAUACAGCCUGACAACACAGGCGGACAGAUCCAGAAAUACAGCCUGACAACACAGGUGGACAGAUCCAGAAAUACAGUCUGACGACACAGGAGGACAGAUCCAGAAAUACAGUCUGACGACACAGGAGGCCAGAUCCAGAAAUACAGCCUGACGACACAGGCGGACAGAUCCAGAAAUACAGCCUGACGACACAGGAGGACAGAUCCAGAAAUACAGCCUGACAACACAGGCGGACAGAUCCAGAAAUACAGCCUGACAACACAGGCGGACAGAUCCAGAAAUACAGCCUGACAACACAGGCGGACAGAUCCAGAAAUACAGCCUGACAACACAGGCGGACAGAUCCAGAAAUACAGCCUGACUACACAGGCGGACAGAUCCAGAAAUACAGCCUGACCACACAGGAGGACAGAUCCAGAAAUACAGCCUGACCACACAGGAGGACAGAUCCAGAAAUACAGCCUGACAACACAGGAGGACAGAUCCAGAAAUACAGCCUGACAACACAGGCGGACAGAUCCAGAAAUACAGCCUGACAACACAGGCGGACAGAUCCAUAAAUACAGCCUGACAACACAGGUGGUCAGAUAUGGUUCACAAUGUGACAACACAGAGGAAGAUGAGUAGACACACUGUGACAACACACAGCAGACAGACGACUAGACACAAUGCGUCAACACAGACUGAAAAAUCUUAUAGAUUGUAACAUUGUAUUUAUUGUACUGUGCACUACUACUACUACUACUGAUAUACUGUACGCUGUCAUCCGAAGCAGUUGGCAGAUCAGGCCUCUGUCUACACCUCAUGAUGGCGUCAGACCUGGGUAGCAGCCUGACCUCUAUAGACUGGCUCCCGCAGCUGACCAUCCAGGCUGCUAUGAAAGGGUCACAGCAGGGCAGCGGAGGAAGAAAAGGACCGGGAUCUCCCACUGACCCCAACGCCAUGUUAACUAAGGAGGAGGCGGCGGCACACCGUGAUGGAAAACCCCCUUAUAGUUAUGCCAAUCUCAUCCAGUAUGCAAUAAACUCUGCACCUGCCAGGAGGAUGACCCUCAGUGAGAUCUAUCGCUGGAUCUGUGACAACUUCCCCUAUUACCGCAAUGCCGGUGUAGGGUGGAAGAACUCAAUCCGCCACAACCUGUCACUAAAUAAAUGUUUCAGGAAAGUGCCGCGCCCCAGAGACGACCCGGGAAAGGGAUCGUACUGGAUGAUUGACAGCUGUCCCAAAGAAGAUGUAGCCCUCCCCCGCAGAAAGCGUCCACACCUCGACGAUGAGCUCUCCCAGGACUCCCCCGAACCGGAGGUCAAUAAAAGCCCCAUGAGUUCCACCAGUGAUGUGUCCUUACCUACAGAAAACACUCAAGGUCAUCACAUGGAGGGCAACUCAACCCUCCCCAGCUACAGCCAGGCUGCCUCUGCUCAUAUGCCAACAGACUCCAGGACUUCAUCCUACAACAACAGCGACUGCUACAAGUUUUCCUUCUCGGAGAUCCCCGACCUCAGCUGUUCCUUCCGCAGCCUAUACCGUACAUUGCAGGGUAAACAGGGGCUGUCACCUCUCCCCACUGACGUACAGCCGCCAUCGUCAAGCUGCUGCAUGUACCAGCAGAAUUCGGGGGAGUCCUCCUCGCUGCACCCCCACAACGUCCCCUCCAUGAACGCGCCCUCCUCUUCUCACCAUCAAAGCCAGCACCAGCAGCCGCCCUACCUGCCCUCCCAGCAAAUGCCUCGCCCCCCUGCCACCGGGAUGUCUAUGGGACUUCCCAGUGACUGGUGCUCCAACAUAGACUCCUUAAAGGAAAGCUUCAAAAUGGUCAGCAAUUUGGACUGGUCAAACGUGGAUCUGUCCCAGUUCUCAGACCUGAUGGAGAGUCUACGUCAGGCAGAACUGAAGAACUGGAGCCUGGAUCAGCACCACAUCGCCAGCUUGUGCGACUCCUUAAGUCACCUGCUCAGUCACACCGGACUCCUGCCUCCCGGCUCCUCACAUGGACAAGCGGCGUCCUGCCAGGCUCAGUGCCUGCCCCCCACCACCAGCAGCGCCUGCGCACUCCAGGGGGCAAAGCCAGGUCAUACCAUGGCAGUUACCUCCUACGGGCAGAACCAGCAGCUUCCGGCAUCCUGUGGUCACAAUUUCAUUGCACCCCCUGGGUUUCCCAUUCAAACCCAGGCCCCCCCAACAUACAGCCAACAAGGUCGCCAUUCUCAACGCGCUAUGUAUCCGCCAACUCGCCAGGUACUCCGUUAUCCGCCCAGCGAAGAAAUACAAGACGACUUUGAUUGGGACUCUAUCGCUUAAAGACUCUGCACUGCAAAACCCCAGGCGGAAUGCAAAAGAAAUCAAGGCGAGGGUUAAAUCCUCCCUCCACGUGUAUAGAUAUAUAUAAAUAUAUAAAUGUAUAUCUUCGCCCGACAAUCAGGGCCAAUGGGCCCCUCACUGGAUAAGGAGACAAUUCAUGAAGACCCUUCCCACACACAGACUCUUCAACCUCUCCCUCUGUGACACUGACGAGUAAGAGAAACGGCGAGGACGGCGACUUCCUCCGACCGCCUAGUAUUUCCCAGUGCCAAGGUGAUCCGGUGUUACCGUGGGAGAGGGCAUUCGUGGUGUCUCUGGGGAGCGGAAGGCUGGGUGGCCACUCCACCCAAGGCCAACUUAUUUAUAAAGCGUACACCUAUUGCACAGCACAAAGUGUUAACCAAGGAGUCUGCAGCCAUCUUGGACUUGAGACGUUGGUGAGAUUUCCUACAGACUUUCCCCCAGUCUCUGGACAGAGCCUAUCCCAAAAUCCCGGAAACAACUGUUCGCAAAGCCGCGCGAUUGUCCUUCCUCUUUGUAUUGCUACAGUUUCAUGUUAGAUGUCUCUUAUGGUUUAACCGUUUUGUUGUGAAGUUCAUUGCUGUAGUGGUAUGUGGCACUGAGUGGACCCUACAACGCCAUGCGUGGCUUCAUGGUUUGCGCACCACAAAAACAAGGCUUUUUUUUUUUCGUAUAAUAACUCCCUCCAGCACUUCUUGUUUUCGGGCGAAUUCCAGGGUUGGGUUCCAUCUUGAAUCGUCACAGGACUGGCAAUGAUGGUUCCCGGGCACGCAAGUCACGGUAGACUUGUCUAGUAUGGAGCUAAUCUCAGAAGACAAAGACCACCACAGUGAUGAGUAGUUCAGGAUCGGAGAAUCCAUGGCUGGUUGAUGGGCACAGUCUACUAGUCAAUGAUUAUCCUGGCCACAUGUGGGCACAGUCCACUAAUCAAUGGUUAUCCUGGUCAUAGUGGACACACUCCACUAGUCAAUGAUUAUCCUGGUCAUAGUGGACACAGUCCAGUAGUCAAUGGUUUUUCUGAUCAUAUAUGGACACAAUAUACUAGUCAAUGGUUAUCCAGAUUAUGUGUGGGCACAGUCCACUAGUCAAUAGCGAUUUUGGUCAUGUGGGCACAGCCCACUAGUCAAUGGUAAUCCUGGUCAUGUGAGCACAGUCCACUAGUCAAUGGCGAUCCUGGUCAUGUGAGCACAGUCCACUAGUCAAUGGUUAUCCAGAUUAUGUGUGGGCAAAGUCCACUAGUCAAUGGCGAUCUUGGUCAUGUGGGCACAGUCCACUAGUCAAUGGCGAUCCUGGUCAUGUGAGCAUAGUCCACUAGUCAAUGGUUAUCCAGAUUAUGUGUGGGCACAGUCCACUAGUCAAUGGCGAUCCUGGUCAUGUGAGCACAGUCCACUAGUCAAUGGUUAUCCAGAUUAUGUGUGGGCAAAGUCCACUAGUCAAUGGCAAUCUUGGUCAUGUGGGCACAGUCCACUAGUCAAUGGCGAUCUUGGUCAUGUGGGCACAGUCCACUAGUCAAUGGCGAUCUUGGUCAUGUGGGCACAGUCCACUAGUCAAUGGCGAUCUUGGUCAUGUGGGCACAGUCCACUAGUCAAUGGCGAUCUUGGUCAUGUGUGGGCACAGUCCACUAGUUAAUGGCGAUCUUGGUCAUGUGUGGGCACAGUCCACUAGUUAAUGGCGAUCUUGGUCAUGUGUGGGCACAGUCCACUAGUUAAUGGCGAUCUUGGUCAUGUGUGGGCACAGUCCACUAGUUAAUGGCGAUCUUGGUCAUGUGUGGGCACAGUCUACUAGUUAUAAAAAUCAGACGGUUUAAAUCUUGAUGGGCCUUGGCCACUCAAUAGUCAUUUUACUUGUUUAAAAGACUUGAAGAGCACUGGUCAAUCAAUGUCUUGCUGUUAACCAGGUGUUAACCACCGAAUGGCCAGUAGCAUAGUUUCGAAGGGAGUGUAUACAGGGUCAUCUUCAGGCAGACCACAUCAUUGUAUUAUAAAGUACUCUUCAGUAUAAAUCGAUGCAUUAUACAAGGUAGCAGAUCAGUAUUCGGCUUUGACUUGGAAAGAGGUUUAGGGCAUCCUGGUUGGUGAGUGUUCUUCUUCCCGGCAGAUCGGUCAGUGCCCUGGUGUUACAGGAUAUGGUUCAGAUCAAUGAGCGCCGUGGAGUUUCACGCUGGUGUCGGUACUGGAACGGUGUGUAAAGUGUCCCCCACGUUCUCUUUAAAAUUCAAUUUCAUAAGUUUUUCCUAAAGGGUUCUUAAUUUUAUUUACAAUAUGGCGGCAGUUAUAGCUCCCCAGGGCAGGUCCGUCUGUUUCCCAAUACAGGAGCAGAAUACAUCUAGAGAUUCAGCAAGUUAGAUCGCGGCAGCUUUUAACAUGAAGCCGUAAACGUUAUAACCAAGGCACCGCUAAAUGUAAUUUUUAGCAGCUUGACUAAAGACGACUGACAGACUUGUCCUUGUUGUUGGAGCGCCGCUGGUUUCCUGGAGACAGCCUUGUGGACACAGUGACUGCUGAUGAAGUGUGUAGAUGACCUGUCGAUCGCUGGUCUGUGAUUAGGACGGUCCAGGAUUGAUCGUCUUCAUGAUGUCAUCGGUUUUGCUAUGACUGUGGUUGUUUACAUGUCUACGGAUGCACUGCCCCAACUAUCCAGCAUUAUGGUCACCAUCAAACCCUUAGCAGGGACAUUUUCCUCCAUUCCCAAACUCAAGGCAUCAAACGACGAUCAUGCCCGAUCCAAUCUAUCCAUACAGCCCAAGGCAAUGGGAAUCCACCGGGGAAUGUUUCCUCUAUCAUAGAAUCGUAGCAUCCUUCACAUCAGUCUUCGAUGUUGGGUGAAAGAGGAAGAAAACUGUAGCCGACAAGCUGCCCCGGGAUCAUUAAACACAACCGCCAUUCUCCCUGUCGGAAGCCAUGUUUGUGACUCCCAAUUAUUCUUUCUGUUCAGAAUGAGGCUCGAUGGACGCUUAUUAAACAUAUCAGCAGAA